UCCGUCCCGCCCGCGGCCGGCCCCAGCCCCUGCUCCCGCCCCGCCCGGCCCCCCGCCGGCUGCCGCCAGCCCCCGCCCCGGCUGUGAAUGAAAGACAGGCGCCGCCGGGGGCUGGCUGGAAACGACGCGGCGACGCCGGCCUCCGGGAGGCGCGCGCCCUGCCGAGAUGUACGGUGUGUGUGGCUGCUGCGGCGCUUUACGCCCCAGGUACAAAAGGCUGGUUGACAACAUCUUCCCUGAGGAUCCAGAGGAUGGCCUAGUGAAGACCAACAUGGAGAAGCUGACCUUCUAUGCUCUCUCAGCUCCAGAAAAGCUAGAUCGCAUCGGUGCCUACCUCUCUGAGAGGCUCAUCCGUGAUGUGGGUCGUCAUCGAUACGGGUAUGUGUGCAUCGCCAUGGAGGCCCUGGACCAGCUGCUCAUGGCCUGCCACUGCCAGAGCAUCAACCUCUUCGUAGAGAGUUUCCUCAAGAUGGUGGCCAAGCUGCUGGAGUCAGAGAAGCCCAACCUUCAGAUCCUCGGCACCAACUCGUUUGUGAAGUUUGCCAACAUCGAGGAGGACACCCCGUCCUAUCAUCGGAGUUAUGACUUCUUUGUGUCCCGAUUCAGUGAAAUGUGCCACUCGAGCCAUGAUGACUUGGAAAUCAAGACUAAAAUUCGAAUGUCAGGCAUCAAAGGUCUGCAAGGGGUGGUGAGGAAGACAGUGAAUGAUGAAUUGCAGGCCAAUAUCUGGGACCCACAGCACAUGGACAAGAUCGUCCCGUCGCUGCUUUUCAAUCUGCAGCAUGUAGAGGAAGCAGAGAGCCGGUCUCCCUCACCUCUCCAAGCACCAGAGAAGGAAAAGGAGAACCCAGCAGAGCUGGCUGAGAGGUGCCUUCGGGAGCUGCUGGGCAGGGCUGCCUUUGGCAACAUCAAAAACGCCAUCAAGCCGGUCCUCAUCCAUCUGGAUAACCAUUCUCUCUGGGAGCCCAAGGUGUUCGCCAUCCGUUGCUUUAAAAUCAUCAUGUACUCAAUUCAGCCGCAGCACUCCCACCUGGUUAUCCAGCAGCUCCUGGGCCACCUGGACGCCAACAGCCGCAGUGCCGCCACCGUGCGCGCUGGCAUCGUGGAGGUGCUGUCAGAAGCUUCAGUCAUCGCGGCCACCGGCUCUGUGGGGCCCACGGUGCUGGAGAUGUUCAACACGCUGCUGAGGCAGCUUCGGCUCAGCAUCGACUACGCCCUGACCGGGAGCUACGACGGGGCCAUCAGCCUGGGCACCAAGAUCAUCAAGGAGCACGAGGAGCGCAUGUUCCAGGAGGCGGUGAUCAAGACCAUCGGCUCCUUCGCCAGCACGCUGCCCACUUACCAGCGCUCCGAGGUGAUCCUCUUCAUCAUGAGCAAGGUCCCGCUGCCUUCCCUGCACCACCCGGUGGAGGCGGGGAGGACAGGGGAGAACAGGAGCCGUCUGACCCAGAUUAUGCUGCUGAAAUCCCUCCUUCAGGUAUCCACAGGUUUCCAGUGCAACAACAUGAUGUCAGCGCUGCCCAGCAACUUCCUCGACCGCCUUCUCUCCACUGCCCUCAUGGAGGACGCAGAAAUCCGUCUCUUCGUUCUAGAGAUUCUCAUCAGUUUCAUUGAUCGUCAUGGCAACCGCCACAAGUUCUCUACCAUCAGCACUCUCAGUGAUAUCUCUGUCCUGAAGCUGAAAGUGGACAAGUGCUCCCGACAGGACACCGUCUUCAUGAAGAAGCACUCCCAGCAGCUCUACAGACACAUCUACCUUAGCUGCAAGGAGGACACCAACACGCAGAAGCACUACGAGGCCCUGUACGGCCUGCUGGCGCUCAUCAGCAUCGAGCUGGCCAACGAGGAGGUGGUGGUGGACCUCAUCCGCCUGGUGCUGGCUGUCCAGGACGCGGCCCAGGUCAAUGAGGAGAACUUGCCUGUGUACCACCGUUGUGCCCUGUAUGCCCUGGGUGCCGCCUACCUGAACCUCAUCAGCCAGCUCACCACGGUGCCUGCCUUCUGCCGGCACAUCCACGAGGUGAUAGAGACCAGGAAGAAAGAGGCUCCAUACAUGCUCCCAGAGGAUGUGUUUGUGGAGAGGCCCAGGCUGUCUCCAAAUCUUGACGGAGUGGUGAUUGAGUUCCUCUUCCGCCAGAGCAAGAUCAGCGAAGUCCUGGGGGGCAGCGGCUAUAAUUCAGACAGGCUCUGCCUGCCCUACAUCCCUCAGCUGACAGAUGAGGAUCGCUUAUCCAAGAGGAGGAGCAUUGGAGAGACCAUCUCGCUGCAGGUGGAGGUGGAAUCGAGGAACAGCCCAGAGAAGGAGGAGCGAGUGCCUGCUGAAGAGAUCACCUAUGAGACGCUGAAGAAGGCCAUUGUGGACAGUGUAGCGGUCGAGGAGCAGGAACGUGAGCGACGGCGACAGGUGGUAGAGAAGUUCCAGAAGGCCCCCUUUGAGGAGAUCGCAGCACACUGCGGGGCCCGGGCUUCACUGCUCCAGAGCAAACUCAAUCAGAUCUUUGAAAUCACCAUCCGGCCUCCUCCAAGUCCUUCGGGAACCAUCACCGCAGCCUACGGUCAACCGCAGAACCAUUCCAUCCCCGUCUAUGAGAUGAAGUUUCCCGAUCUGUGCGUUUACUGAAUUCCAAGAGGGAGAGCUCCUCAGGGGGAUGGAGUCUGAGGAAGAGGCUCCCCCUCACGCCCACCCGACCACCUGGAAAUCUAGCUGGGAUCUCUGAGAAAAAGCCACUGGAGGCAGUGGCUGCCCCCCAGCUGAGCAAAGGUGGAGAUGCUCUGAUCCUUGUUGGCCCUCGGACCCCCCCAUUGCCCGCCCAGAGGGAGAUCCAGCCACCUGCCCCUGCGCGGCCAAUAAGCAUCUCACCUGUGCCCUUUGUCUUCUCUUUUGUGUCCCCGGGGCAGGGAAACAUGGGGUGACUCCGGACAGCAGUGAGGGACUGAGAAGCUCCUGCCUGGGGUGCUGAAUCAGGGGUGCAUCUGCCACUCCCCGGAAGAGGGGACUAGAUGGGGACUUGUUGAUGGAAGGAUGCUGUAGGCUGAGGUCAGGAGGAAGCAAGGAAAGCUCACCUAGGAAAGGCCUGGCACCUGAGCAUCCCCUCCCACCCGUGCUGUGUCUCCCACUCCCUCGCUCCCUCUCCAGUCACCUGUUUGUGUUUCUUUUUCCUGUUAUAAUAGGAGCUGGGGUAGAGAGAGCAUGGGGGGGACUGCACGGGACGGGAUGCCGGUGGCCGUGGAUAGAGCGAGUCCCUGCCCUGCUGCAGCAUCUUGUCACCUCCAUUGUUCAGAGGGAGCUUUUACAGCCCCCCACACCCCUGUCAAUCUGUGUCUUCUGGGUGUUUUUCUGAGUGGGCUUCUUUCGGGUCUCUUUUUUCUGAGAGUCCCGAGGUAUUCCUAGAGCCUCUGGGUUGAGGCAAGGCAGAACAAGAAAACUCAGGUGCAAAAAGGGAGGCACUUCGGGACCUGAGGGCUGUUCGCAUCCCCUCCCAUGGAGGAGGCCCCAGCAGGUUGGGGGGCCUCUGGGGCUCAAGGAUGUCUGAAGUCAAAGUCACCUUUUGGAUAUUCCAUCUGAGGAAAGAAGGAUCUAGCACCUGCUAUUGGAAUGAUGUCUUCACUCUGGAUGAAGUCUGGGACAUCGAUACCAUCUGGCAACUUCUGUGGCCUGGAAGAGGCAGUAGAGACCCCCAUGAGUUCUGAGUUUCCAUCGUCCCUGUCUCUGUAUGUAACUGACAAGUACAGAAAGGAGCUGACACACAGCCAAUGCCUCCCAGAACCUCACCUGGGCCCCCUCCUGUGGCAGGGCACUGUGGUCCAAAAUAAUCUUUCUUUCUCCUCCAAUCAAACUCCCCAUAAGUUUUCUGACCCUAUAUAACUCACAGUAAGGUGUGAAUGGUCAAAUGUUCCCUCCCUGGAGAGCUUGCUUUUUAAAAGACACAGAGUAAAUAGAUUUCUUAACUCAAAGGAAUUUUUUAUUUUUUAAUUUUUAGAGAUGGGGGUCUUGCUAUGUUGCUCAGGCUGGCCUUGAACUCCUGGGCUCUAGCAAUCCUCCCACCUCAGCCUCUUGAGUAGUUGAGAAUUUCCUUUUAGGGCACAAUUUCAGGCAUUUCUUAGGACACCCUUAAAUUACACUCCUAUACAUGGUAGAUUCAGCCCCCCACAAUGCACAGGUAGAACGUGGUUACCGGGAUAGAUGGAUGUAUUUUCCACCUUCAAGGAGAAUCUUAACACAUGCACUUCCCAUGAUAUGUGCAAUAAAUUUCUUGGGGAGAGGUCUACUGACCCUCACUGCUGUUGUUUCCACACUUCAGAUGAAGCUCUUCGCCUGGUCACCAUCUUGGUGCUGAGGGCACGUGGCUUCCAGGUGGCCUGUGUGAUUGCAGGGCUCAGGCACGGAGGCUCCUGCCCACCCCCAUGGCUUUCGGCUAUGCUUCAUGGCAUUUUGGCUUAUGCUCAACCCAAAUUUACAAGCAUGAGCUUAGAUUUCUCUUUAGUAUUUUCAUAUUAAGAAACCAAGUUUAAAAUAACACACUUGAAGGCAAAUAACCUUUGGAAGAAACUGUAAAGAAAAUCUAAAUCUUGAGCCACAGACACGUCUCUCCUCACUGGGCCCUCCCAUGUCUCAUCGUAUGCUUGCUUUGAUGCCAGACCUGUCUCUUCAUCGUGUCCACGUGAUGUCAAGCUCCACUGCCAUGGCAUCUUCACCCUAAGCACUACCUGUGGGGCCCUGGAACUUGGGAGUCACUUUCCUGGAGUGUCUUUCUAUAGAAUCAGAGACUGUAGGAAUCUUCAGCUGUCUCUAUUCCUCCAGGGAAGAGAGAGAGAGAGAAAGUACAGGUUCCCAUUCUACAUAGAUUUGACCACUAUUUCCUCUCCAUCAACCCAUGAGAGGCUUUCCUUUGCAUCACCACUGUUUAGCAAGGAUGAGCUUCUUUUGGAGGACUGGCCUUUUUUUUUUUGAGUUUCGGUUUAAACUUACACUCAGUAGCAUACCAGGCUGCCCGCUGACAUGGCAUGAAACCUGGAUUCUGGCCAUACCUCAGAAUCAGAAAGGUUAAGUUGGGUGUUGACUGGAAUGAAAAAUUAAAUGGUAAAUUCAAUAAUCUCCUUUACCACACCACCACGAGCCCUGGGACAGUGACGAAGCAGAGUUUGAUGGUAUCUAGAGGGGAAGAAGGUGCCCGGGCUGCUGGCAUCCCUGUGUCCUGCCUUCCGAGCCUCCUGACAUCUGUGGUGCCCUUCUCUGUUGUCACUUGGAGCCAAGAGGAGCCAUUGAGCUGCUCCCAAAGCCGCUGGGGACUCUGGCUUUGCAGGGCGGGGGCAGGGUGGUGAGCAGCUGGCCGACAGAACCCAGCAGGCAGGAAUGUGCUGGAGAUUCCAAGUUCCCUCCAUGUGGUUGAGUCCGCAGAUGCAUGAGCGUUGGGUCAGCGAAGGCACCAACAAGGGCUGCCGUGGUUUUUCUUGCAGUGGGGCUCCCAGGGCCCCGUGCCUGUUUCCAUUUUCCUCUCUCUUUAUAAAGCAGAAAUAAGUGUUUUCUUGUCUCAUAUACAGCCUUCUCACCAGAGAGGGAGACCCAGCAGGUCAGAAGAAGAACCAGAAAAGUCCUCCAGUUAUGCCCCUCUAGCCAGCCCCUGGCCCUGUACACAGAUGUAAAUGGACGAGCAGGAGAGGGUGGGCCUGGGACCCUCUGAAGCACUUGAAGAAGCACAAAUGUUGUGUCUGUGCUUCCCCUUUGCCUUGCACAUUCUGGAUCCCAUAGAACAGGUUUCAAAUGGACUAGGAAUCAAACAGCUCUGAGGUUCCUCUGAAUGGCUCAAAGGCCAAACCUCUGGGCUCCUCUGAGGCCCUGGGUCCGAUGCUUUGCAGUUGCUUUCCAAUCUGGCUGCAGAGAGUGCAGCUGAGAAGCAAGACUGUUUUUCCCAGUUUCUCUUUAUGACCAGAAAAUGGCAGCUGGCCAGUUGGGGGGGCCCAUGGGAAAAGACUAGACUUAAUGCUGUUAGGCUGAGUAUUAGGUUUAAAGGUAGACAGGGAGAUGCCCAGCAUCUCACGUGGGCAGUCUGUGCCCACUUUCUGCGACCCCAGGCCCUGGCAAGCAGGCUGUGCUGACAAGGCAUCCUCCUUACAGCUAGGGAGAAGAUUUAGGGCGGCUUGUGUUUCGUUAUCCCCUUCUGGCCUAGGUCUGAAGAGGGAUGGUCGUGGUGGGCUUGCCUAGAGUCUGGCUAGCUGGGGAAGUGGGAAGGGAUAGGGGCAGCGGAAGGGCUUUGUGGCCCUGCUGGGACCAGAAGGCAGUUUUCUGUGCUGUCCUUUAGCACCACUGGGCUGACCAGGUCUCCUCCCCUGCAGGGACCACAGGGCUUCACAAGCCCAUCUCGUGCCCCUUUGAGCUCUUCCUCCAUGACUGUAGAUCCAGGCACAUGGAGUGCAGAGUUGUAAAUCCGCAAAUGCUGCAGCCCAGACGUCGGCACGUGUUUGUGUGCAUUAAGACUCCAUGACUGAGUGGGUGCGCCCGUGUUUGUAAUGUAGUUUGUUGUCGACCGUAUAUGUAUAUAGUAGCUGGCGUGUUUAUACGUGAGUGCAGAAUUAGUGCCUGUGGCAGUUUUCUGUAUUUUAAACUCAUUGAAUCAUAUUCAUUUUCUUUUAGGGGAAGGGAAAGAGGGGAAUGGGAAGAAGUGUAGGUAGAAGGACUCUUAGCACACUCAUUCUUUAGGACUAUUAGUCGGAAUUUCCCAAUGAGCCUCUGUGAUGCCCUUUUCAAAUAAAUGUUAAUGUUA